GAUCCUCCCGACGCACAACAAGAUCAUAACAAAUUUCUCUUCGAUAGCAGGUUUCAAUUGCGAGGCUAGAACAGCGACUGAUGCUGCCACGCCAGCAUCAGCGACGCCCUGCGGAUUCCUAUCAAAGCUGCUCGCUCUGAAUCACCAUCGCCGAAUUCGGCGAAAAUAUCAGCAUAAAAAACCAGAUUCACAGAAUAAAUUCAAACAUCUUCACUCGAUAGAUAUCGUCCAUAUCCGUCGCUUUCGCUUCACCUGCUGCUUCGAAAUCCACCCCGCCACUUCACAUUGCUUCAAUGACUGACCACAUUCUUGCGGAUUUCAUCCAUCCGUCGAGUUUUCCUCGACCAGAGCAACAUCACCAGCUGCAGGGAUUUGUCACAUCAUUUCAUGUUUUUCUGCGUGCAUUUCACAGUUGAAUCCGUCAAUUUGAAUGUUGCCUCACUCCGGUUUCAAUGACGAUCUCCAAGAGCAGAAAAGACGAAAUGAGAAUGAAGCUUGCGGUGGCUCUUGCAAUGUGGAAAACUUCAAUUCGCUCGAAUCCUGGAGCAGAAGAGAAUCAGUGGAGAAGAAAGUUGCAGGCCGAAGUAUUGGAAGAGAAGUACAUCGUCGUGACGAAGCAGUUGGAGGAGUUGCAAGGUGCAGUUGUGCUGGAUCGACUACCAUUGCUUGCCCCUUGCAAGUGUCACUUUUUAAAGUCGGCUGGUAAUGAACAGAAUGAGGGUCGAAACAGCUACGGUGAUUACAUUAGGCAAAGCGCGGUUCAAAUCUUCUUGAGAAAUGUGAGAGUUCUGCGGAAGUUGAAGCUGCAGAGCGUAGACGACAAUUCUGAUGAAAUGCAAGGGAAUUUGGCCAUAGUGAUUGAUUUCGUCAUCGAGUUACUGAGCUGCCAGGCAAAAUCAAUUCACUUGAAAGGAAGGUACUCCGAGGCAUACAUUCAUCAUGCUGUGGACUUCAUUAAAGACACAAUUCCCUUGUUACGUCGAGAACAAUGCGAGGAGAGUCAACUUCUAGUUGUCAACAACCUCGUGAAGAAACUGGCCCUGGAUCUAGUGGGAAAUUUGCUCAACUUCACGCCCAGCUGCCAAGAUGAUAGUCAAGGAGAUGACCAGGAGGAGACGCUCGUAGUCAUGCUGAGACUUGCGGAGUAUGCAUACAUAGGACAUCGAAUGCUUUUGACUUCAUCACAACAGAUGACGAUGGUGUUGGAGAGACUUCAGUGCACGGACCCAUUUGACGAGGGGUUCUCUCAAGCAUACGAGAAUCUUUUCUACGUGAUACAGCUGAUUGAAACACUAGUAUCAGCACACUUGAAGUCCUGGAAGGAUGGAAACAAUAUCGAACAAGAAAUUCUGGAGGAAUGGGUAACAAGCCAUUUCCAUUGUAAGAGCACGCUAGAAGGUAGACCCAAUGCUUGGACAUCCCAGAUCAUGAUAAUGCUUGACAGCAUCACAGAAAAGUUGCUAGAACAACUGCAACCUUCAGCUGAAUUAGAUGCACACGACGGACUAGACAUCUGGCAGAAGGCAUUGGUACACUUGCUUGCCUCUACUUCUUCUACUAUUAGAGAAAUACAGCAGCUCUAGACGCAACUGUCGACUCUAGAAUACACUUCCCGACUAUAAAAAUGUUGUGGCCUUGGAAUAACCUAGUGGCAAAUAAAGAAAAUAAGUAAUAUCUCAAGAUCAUUGCUCAACUGCAGAACCCCUGCAUAAACUAUGGUAAUUGGAGAAAGACCCCGUGCCACGGCAACUCCUGAACUCGGAUCAUUUUCAUCAACCCUGUACUAAGUAGUGAUUCAACAAUCAAUAGUAUGCAAUUACCAACUCCGCUCGAGUUGGCGACAUCCCAAUACGACCAUCUGAACAAAUUGACGAGGACAAAAAAAAUAAAAAAUAAAAAAUAAAAAAAAUAACAACGCAAAGAAAGCUACAACAUCAAAUACGCAAACUGGAACAAUUACUGGAAGGAGUUGCGCUUUUUCAAUGAAUAUGAUUGACAACAUCUUAUCUCCGGAAGCUACUAGAUCGUUCUACGCCGUAGCACCGCCCUGUUCGGGAUAUGUGUUGAAGCUUUGUGUUAAGCAGGGUUUGAACAUUAACCUGCGAUAAUGGUAGUCAAGUUCCUUCACCAUCAAGGGCAGAGCAAUAUUCAUCG